AUGUCGGACGAGCAGGCGCGCACCACCAUGGAACCCCCGAGUCUGGAGCUAAAGCAGCUGGGCCGCGAGACCAAAAAUCUCAAGCAUAAGCACAAGAGCAAGCGCACCAGCAAGUGUGACGCGAACAAGAGUGGGGAGCUCAAACGAUCGCCAUCAUCCGCGGCGUCCCCCGGCCGCCACCACGUCCACUCCAAGCGCAACUCCAAGGCCAAUCGCGAGGAUGCACUGCGAGAACUGCUGGCGGGAAAGAUCGCGGAGAUUGAAGUGGGCGGCGAUGAGAAUCUUGAGGCUCCUAUUGACCUCUCGGGAAUCUACCAGGACGAGACACUUGCGAUGAGGCUGAAGAAUCAAGCGGAAGCUCUGAAACAGAAGGCAGACAUGCCUGCAGAGGAGAAGGUGACAGAGCUCGUCAAUAGUAUCACGCAGGCGAGCGAGCAGCUGGAGCUGAUGCAAAAGAAGAUCAGCGAGCUGAACGCCAAGUGCAUCCUCCUGAAGCAGCGCAAGAGUGCAGUGAGCACCGAGCUGGUCAAGACGAACACGUCCAAAGUCAAGCUGGAGCAGCUCUGUCGUGAGCUGCAGAAGCAGAAUAAACUCAUUGUAAGUGAGAGCCGUCGUAUCGCUGACGAAGAGGACCAGAAGAGGCGCGAACUGUCAGCACAGUUUCAAAAAACGAUCGAAGAUGUGAGUGCCAAGAUGGACAAACAGGGCCAGGACUACGUGGCUUCGUUGAAAGAGAACGAAAACCUUCAGCAAAAACUGAAGACAUUUCUGGAGCAGUACACGGUGCGCGAAGAACACUUCCAGCGUCAACUAGAAGCCAAGGACCUAACUGUCCAGCUUGCAGAGACGAAGCUGCAACACCAGGUGGAGCUCACCACUCGCGAGGCGGAGAAGGUGAAAAUCACCCUUGACAAGGCGAAAGAGUUCUCGGAUCGCGAGAUGGAGCUGCAAGCGCAACUCAACUCGUACUCUGAGAAGUUCGAUGUGGUGCAGGAAACACUGACGAAGAGCAAUCAGAUGUUCACCACCUUCCGUGAAGAGAUGGACAAGAUGGCAAAAACGACCAAGAAGCUAGAGAAGGAAAACCUUGCGCUUAGAACAAAGUGCGCUGCGUACGACAGCGGUGCGAUUGCUUCUAUUCAAGAGAAGGUAGCAUCUGCUGAGGAGACGCUUAAGCUACAAGAGAAGGUCAAGAAGCUCGAGAGUCUGUGUCGCCAUCUUCAAGCCGAGCGCAAUAGCAUUCGACAAGCCCAGCAAGUUCAAACUACUGGCGCUGCUGCUACCGAGUCAGCUUGA